CAAUUUCGUCCCCACCAAAUGGAGUUACACCAUUUGGAUCUUCCUGGACAAUGGAGAAAAGUCAUCCCUAAGUGAUCACGAAGGUGCUGGUGUCAAUUUUGACGACUGAUUCUUCAGCAUCCAUCUUCAUAAAAUUCUUCAGCAUCCAUUUUGUACUGAACAGUGUGAGUGCUCUCACUGCACAUCACCAUCUCAACAAUGGCUCUUCCCAUCCUCUUCACAUGGCUUGCUUCUCUUUCCCUUCCUGCCCUCCUCCUCCUCCUCCUCCUCCUCGCAGCGAAAAACUUCAGCAGCAAAAAGAAGAACCUCCCUCCGGGGCCUCCACCGCUCCCCAUCAUAGGCAACCUCCACCAGCUCGGCCACUUGCCGCACCAGUCCCUGUGGAAACUGUCCAGGCGGUAUGGCCCUGUCAUGCUCGUCCGCCUCGGCGGGGUCCCCACCAUCGUUGUCUCCUCCCCGGGCGCCGCCAGGGAGGUCCUCAAGACCCACGACCUCAACUGCUGCAGCCGCCCUCGGCUGCUUGGGACGGGGCGCCUCUCCUACGACUACCUUGACAUGGCCUUCGUCGAGUACGGCGAUUACUGGAGGGAGCUGAGGAAGCUGUGUGUGCUCGAGCUGUUUAGCGCCAAGCAAACCCAGUCCGUCCGUCACGUCAGGGAAGAGGAGGUGGGUUCUAUGAUCGAGUCGAUCGCGAGGUCGGCAGAGAGCGGAACUCCGGUUAAUAUGAGCGAGAAGUUCAUGGCUCUGACGGCUGACAUCACUUGCAGGGUCGCAUUUGGGAAGGCGUUUCCGUGGGUAGAGUCCAACGACGGAAAGUUCAUGGAUAUGAUUCGCGAGGCAAUGGCGAUGUUGGGUAGCUACUCAGCAUCUGAUUUUUACCCUCGGUUCGGCUGGAUCGUGGACAGGUUCACAGGGCUCCAUUCGAGGUUGGAGAAGAGCUUUCACAAACUGGACGUUUUCUAUCAGAAGGUGAUCGAAGCGCAUCGGGACGCGAAUAAGAGCAACGAGGAGGUGGAGGACAUUGUCGAUUUGCUGCUGAAGAUGGAGAGGGACCAGACUGAGCUCGCGGGGGUUCGGCUCGAAAAAGAUAACAUCAAGGCCAUCUUGACGGAUAUAUUCCUAGCUGGAGUGAACACCAGUGCACUUGUCAUGGACUGGACAAUGGCCGAGCUCACCAGGAACCCAAGGGUGAUGCAAAAAGUUCGCGAGGAGAUCCGGAGUUGCGUUGGAAACAAGAAAUGUGUCAAAGAAGACGACCUCCACAGGCUCAAAUAUCUCAAGCUAGUACUCAAAGAAGCAAUGAGGCUACACCCUCCUGGUGUACUACUCCUUCCAAGGGAAACAAUGAGCCAAUUCAAGCUAUUUGGCUAUGACGUCGACCCUAGGAGCCGUGUCCUGGUGAAUGUGUGGGGCAUUGGACGGGACCCAAAUUUGUGGGAGCAAUCGGAGGAGUUUCUGCCUGAGAGGUUUGAGGACAGUCCGAUCGAUUACAAGGGGAAUCAUUUCGAGCUGCUGCCAUUCGGGGCUGGGCGAAGGCAAUGCCCCGGGAUGUCUAUGGGGAUGGCGACGAUAGAGCUGACACUCGCAAAUGUCUUGCACUCCUUCCAUUGGGAAUUGCCGGAGGGAAUGACGGAGGGAGAUAUAAGUAUGGAAGAAGGAGCUGGCAUAGCUGUGUUCAAGAAAGUGCCUCUCACUCUAUUGCCAGUAAAGGCAUAGCAUGAAAUCGAUGCAUGACAAAAUGGUCGUUAAACGGAAACCAUCAUAUCUCUAAAAAUAUUUUAUGUUUAAUUAUGAUCAAAUGUCUUAAAGUUGUGCGGUACAAUGUUCUAGCGUACUCCUUCUCCAUAUAUAUAGUUAACAAGACUCAUUGAGUACAUUGCUUCCAGGGCAAUUAAUAAACAAAUCCAUUUGA